AUGGCCCAACGUGUUACCUACCGCCGCCGUCUCUCUUACAACACCAAGUCCAACAAGGGCCGUGUUGUCAAGACCCCUGGUGGCAAGCUCGUUUUCCACUACACCACCAAGAAGGCCUCCUCCCCCAAGUGCGGUGACUGCGGUGUUGCUCUUCCUGGCCUCCCUGCCCUCCGCCCCACUGCCUACGCUCGCAUCUCCAAGCGCCAAAAGCACGUCUCUCGUGCCUACGGUGGCAGCCGAUGCGCUACCUGCGUCCGCUCUCGCAUCGUCCGCGCCUUCCUGAUCGAGGAGCAGAAGAUCGUCAAGAAGGUCCUCAAGACCCAGCAGGCCGAGGCCAAGAAGGCCGCCCCCAAGCCCAAGAAGGCUGCUCCCAAGAAGAAGAACUAA